AUGCUGAAAUGCAAAGAGAAGAAGUGCCGGACGAUAAAACCGCAGCGGACCCAUUGGACGCGGCCCCGAACACCGGUUUGUGUCGAGAGAUUGACUGUCACGACGCGCGACGUUCGACGUGACGUGCUCUUGAAGAUUUCACUUAGACGCUCGUGUCGGCGGGACCUGUACCGAACUUGCAACAACACUACGCAAGCGGGCCUAGAUCGCUACAUAAAGACCCCUGCCUCCUUCAGUACCUGCCUCCUUCAGUACCUGCCUCCUUCAGUACCUGCCUCCUGGCACCAACCUUGUAUUCUGACGCUGCGAGCACGUGACAAACUACUGCUAUCACCCCGAACGACCGGUUCCGUCCCCGCUGCAAACUGGAACGAAGGUGGUGUUCCCGAGGGCCGAAAACAGAAACACUGGAUGCUGGAAACAUACGGGAAACAAAAGCGAAACACGCCCGAACCGGCUCUACCACGGACCAAAUGA